AAAUGACAACUUCAAAAACAUUUUCAACUGAACAAUGUUCUUUGACAGAUAUAUUUUCACUUGCUGCUGCAGAAAAUUGUCAAACAAAUUUGGAAAGUGGAAAGUUGAUUGAGACUGCAAAUUUGAGUAAACGAAAAUUUCGAGAAUUGGCAAUCAAAUUAAAACCUUUGAAAGGUUGUGUUGGCUCUGCAAUUGUAAAAAUGGGGAAUACAAUAGUUAGCUGUGCUGUGUUAGUUUAA